AUGACACUAAUUCUUGACUAUGAACAUGUCCCAUAUACCACAAAAUUUAAAUCAUUUGCCAAGAGCAUCCCAUCCUAUCUAAAAAGUUAUGUUUCAAAUUUGCUACCCGUAAUCUACUGGAUACAUCGUUACAACCUCACUUGGUUAGUUUCUGACGUUAUAGCAGGUGUUACAGUUGGUAUUGUCGCUGUACCACAAGGCAUGGGAUAUGCAAAAAUUGCUAAUCUGCCUCCUCAAUAUGGACUCUACUCUUCUUUUGUUGGUUUAUGUCUAUAUUUUUUCUUUGGUACAUCGAAAGAUAUAAGUAUCGGCCCAACCGCGGUCAUGUCGUUACUCGUGGGACAAACUGUGGCUAAAGUUACAGCUACCAAUGAAUAUACCGGUCCACAAGUUGCCGUUGUUCUGGCAUUAUUUGGUGGAUUCAUUACACUAUUUAUUGGACUCGCACGUCUUGGCAUUUUAGUAGAUUUUAUUCCUGGACCUGCUAUUGCAGGCUUUAUGACCGGUAGUAGCAUUACCAUUUCAGUUGGACAAUGGCCAAAGCUCUUUGGCAUCACCAGUGUCGAUACGCACGAUUCGGCAUAUUUAGUAUUUGGAAAUUUCUUUAAAUACUUACCUGAAACUCGUCUCGAUGCUGCAUUUGGUUUGGUUGGCCUUUGCUGGCUUUACACAGUUCGCUGGGGAACUGGUUACCUUGGGAAAAAAUACCCACAACACGAAAAGUUAUUCUUUUUUGCAAACAUCAUGCGUAACGGCGUGCUUGUCAUAUUUGGGACUUUAAUUGCAUUCCUUAUUAAUAUUGGAAAAGAUACCAGCCCAAUAAGUAUCUUAAAAUCAGUGCCAAGCGGAUUUACAGCAAUGGAUGUACCCUCUAUUGAUAUCGGUCUCUUAUCCCAAGUAUCUGGUACUUUACCUUCCGUCGUCAUUAUUUUAAUCCUGGAGCACGUUGCAAUUGCUAAAUCAUUUGGUCGAAUUAACAAUUACAAGAUUGAUGCUGAUCAAGAAAUUAUUGCUAUCGGUGCUGCCAACGUUAUUGGAAGCUUUUUUGGCGCAUAUCCUAACACAGGAUCAUUUUCGAGAACGGCUAUCAAUGCAAGAAGUGGAAGUAGAACACCGUUGUCUGGCGUAUUUUCGGCUCUUGUUGUCUUAUUAUGUCUCUAUGCAUUAACCCCAGUAUUCUACUAUAUUCCGGAUGCUAUUCUUUCUGCUGUCAUUAUUCAUGCCGUAGCUGACCUUGUGUCAGGGCCAAAAUUCUUACGCCAAUUAUUUCGUGUGAAUCCUUUUGAAUUAUUUACAUUUAUAGCAGCUGUUUUGAUUACGUUUUUUACAAGUGUAGAAUACGGUAUUUAUGUAUCUGUUGGACUUUCCAUUGUUGUCAUGUUGCUUCGAAUCGCUAGACCUCGGUAUGCGGUAUUAGGUCGUAUACCCGUUCAACCUUCCACUACUUAUUACAGCCAAAAUGAAAAAGAAGUUAUAAUCGAUAAGAAACAAGAUCAGACCGCUGAAAACUGGAUCUAUGUCAAAAAUGAUCAUCAAGCCUUUAGUCAAUUAGUCCAACCACCACCAGAUGGAGUCGUUAUAUUUCGUUUUGAUGAAUCUCUUACAUACCCAAACGCAGGAUUUAUCUCUGAUAAAAUUAUGCAUUAUAUCCAAGAUACAUUUCAUUCCGGUACGCCACCUCCAACAAACAAAGGUGAAAGAGCAUGGAACGAUCGCAGGCCUUUAUUUCAGACUACGGCUGUUGACCAAGAGACCGACUUGAAUCGUAUUUACGCUGUCGUAUUGGACUGCUCGGCUAUAAAUCAUUUAGAUUCCACAGGUGUACAAACGCUACUUGACCUUAAGUUAUCUGUAGAUCGAUUUGCAGGUUAUGAGGUUGAGUGGCAUUUUUCAAAUAUAGGUAGUCAAAGUAUUCGUAAUACAUUGAUUACAAGCGGAUUUGGAAGUCAAGCAGGACGUGGCCCACGUACAGGCGAGCUGUUACCGGUUGUGCCAGUCUAUCGCGAUGGUCCCCAAAGUGUGGAUAAUUCCUCAAAAUCUACUAUAGAAAUGAAUGAGCAAAUCUCAAGCAAAGAUGAAGAGAAAGCAUAUGCCACACAUUUUGAUCGGGGCCUUCCAGUUGACCGAUACCCUUUUUUCCACUGGGAUCUAGAAGAUGCUGUUCGCGCAGCUUCUCGUGCUAAAUUUUAAUGUAUUAUAUUGUAAAUGUUUAUUUUAAUACAAUUGUCUAUUUGUUGUUCAUAAGCUCUCAAUGUUUUUUGUUUUGUUUUUUUUUGUU